AUUAACAUAAUUAAUUUUUUAGGAUGUAAAUGUGUCUAAGUAUUUUUUUAAACUUUAUUUUAUUUUGCGGGGAGAACACAAGUUGGGAAGAAGCAGAGAGAAGGGGACUGAAGCAGGCUGUGUGCUGACAAGCUGACAUCAGUGAGCCCCGUAUGGAAUUCAAACUCCCCAACCAUGAGAUUAUGACCUGAGCUGAAGUCAGACAAUCAACCAACUGAGCCACCCAGGCACCCUUAAAUAUGUCCAUAUUUUAUGUCAGUUCUGUCAUCCUCUGUGGCAAGUAGCUUAAAGUUUAAGCAAUUAUUACAAAUUGAAGUACAUCAUAAAUGCCAGGAUUUGAGGUGUUAGAUUGAGGGUAUAGCUCACACUGGUUGUAUAGUCAUGUUUUUCUGUAUUACAGUUAUGAGAAACAUGAUUUGUAGGGGAAACUGCUCUCUGUUUGGAAAAGUUAACAGAUUUCUCUUGAGAAGAGAGACAGCAGCACUAAGGAAUGGCGUUGAAUAAGCCAUAAUCAAUUUAAGGGGCUAAGGUUGUACAUGCACAGUAACAAGGCAGGGCCUGUGGACAGCUUCUGGGGACUAGAGAAUGUGACCUGCCACCACAGCAUCCCCAUUGUCUAGCCAAAUUCCUGGCACCAUAGUUAGGACUCAAAAAGCAUUUGCUAAAUGUGCAGAUAUAGCAGUUCCACUUGUGGGUUAUGCCAUCAGAAUGUCACAAGCCCCUGACCCAGGGAGCUCUGUUGGUACCAACCCUGAGGCAUGAGCAGGCAGAGAUACAGCACCAUUCCAAGGGACCACACCUUCUCAGCACAUGCUCUGAAGCUGGAAUUCGUGAUGCAGUUUCCAAACAUUUUCUAAAGAUUGGUUAAGAAGCUUACGCAGAGGAUGGGUGAGUCAAAUGAAGAUAUAGACCAAAUGUUCAGCAAUUUGCUGGGAGAGAUGGAUCUCCUGACCCAGAGUUUAGGAGUUGACACUCUUCCUCCUCCUGACCCCAAACCACCCAGAGCUGAAUUCAACUACAGUGUGGGUUUUAAGGAUUUAAAUGAGUCCUUAAAUGCGCUGGAAGACCAAGAUUUAGAUGCUCUCAUGGCAGAUCUGGUAGCAGACAUAAGUGAGGCUGAGCAGAGGACAAUUCAGGCACAGAAAGAGCCCUCUCAGAAUCAGAAUCAUCCAGCACCCCUGAACAUACCAGAUUUCAGCGGUGCAGCCGCUCUUGGUUACGGAGCAAAUGUUGCUGUAACUAGUGUUAGCCAGUAUGAGGAUGAUUUACCACCUCCGCCGGCUGAUCCCAUGUUAGACCUUCCACUGCCGCCACCACCUCCUGAACCUCUCUCUCAGGAAGAAGAAGCAGCCCUAGCCAAGGCUGAUAAAAUUAAGCUAGCAUUGGAAAAACUGAAGGAAGCCAAGGUCAAGAAGCUUGUUGUCAAGGUGCACAUGAAUGAUAACAGUACUAAAUCGUUGAUGGUGGAUGAGCGGCAAUCAGCCCGGGAUGUUCUAGACAACCUUUUUGACAAAACCCACUGUGACUGCAGUGUAGACUGGUGUCUUUAUGAAAUAUACCCAGAACUUCAAAUUGAAAGGAUUUUUGAAGACCAUGAAAAUGUUGUUGAAGUCUUAUCAGACUGGACAAGAGACACAGAAAAUAAAGUGCUAUUUUUGGAGAAAGAGGAAAAAUACGCUGUAUUUAAAAACCCCCAGAAUUUUUACUUGGAUAACAAAGGAAAAAAAGAAGGGAAGGAAACAAGUGAGAAAAUGAAUGCUAAGAACAAGGAAUCCUUACUUGAGGAAAGUUUCUGUGGAACAUCUGUCAUUGUGCCAGAACUUGAAGGAGCUCUUUAUCUGAAAGAAGACGGAAAGAAAUCCUGGAAAAGGCGCUAUUUUCUUUUACGGGCUUCUGGAAUUUAUUAUGUACCCAAAGGAAAGACUAAGACAUCUCGAGAUCUGGCAUGCUUUAUACAGUUUGAAAAUGUCAACAUUUACUAUGGGAUUCAGUGUAAAAUGAAAUACAAAGCACCGACUGACCACUGCUUUGUUUUAAAGCAUCCCCAAAUUCAGAAGGAGUCCCAGUAUAUCAAAUAUCUCUGCUGUGACGAUGCAAGAACCCUAAACCAGUGGGUCAUGGGAAUAAGGAUUGCCAAGUACGGGAAGACUCUCUAUGAUAACUAUCAGCGGGCUCUGGAGAGGGCCGGGCUCGCCUCUCGGACGAACCUGAGUACUGUCGGUGCAGUUCCACCAGCCCCGCCUGCUACAGGACCUAAAGCAGGCACCACCCAGGCCAAUGGGCAGAUUCCCCAGGCUGCACAUUCUGUAAAUGCUGUUCUUGAAGAAGCCCAGAGGCAGGCAGAAACUACUAAGGACAAGAAGCCAGCUCUUGGUAACCACGACCCAGGAACACCCAGGGCCCAUCACCUUCCAAAGUCCAGCCUGCCACCGCCCCCUCCCGUGCGAAGGUCUUCAGACGUCUGCGGCAGCCCAGCGACAGCCCCCAGGGCCAAGGGCAUGAGCAGCGGCUUCCCUGCGCCGCCGCCCGACGACUCUCUGCCACCACCCCCGCCGCCACCGCCCCUGGAGGACGACGAGGAGCUCCCUCCGCCGCCCCCUGAUUUUAACGAAGGGCCCCCGGACUUCGUGCCUCCCCCACCGCCGUCGUUUGCAGGGGAUGCUGGGUUAUCAUUACCGCCCCCGCCCCCGCCCCCACCUGCACUCAACUCUCCGAAGCCGCCCCCCGUUGCCAGCAAAAGACCUCCGGCUCCCCCGAAGAGGAAAGAGAAUCCAGGACCACCUGGUGGAGUAGGGAGCGGAGAGCAAGAUUUCAUGUCCGAUCUCAUGAAAGCUUUGCAAAAGAAAAGAGGCAACAUGUCCUAAGGGAAACAGAUAAAUAUGUUUGUGUGAUGGGUAUAAUCAUUUCUAACCUCAAGUACAUUUUUGCUACUUUAUCUUCAUGACACCUUAUUCAUUUUAGAUAAAAUAUUGACGCAUUCAGACUAGAAAUGGUGUAAACCGUCUCACUGCGGCGCAAAUACGUUCAUAAUCAUUAACCUGUAACGGAAGCAAGAGUAUCUGCCUAAAUGUACAUACCUUUCCUAUGUGUUUCCACCUCCCUGAAUUCGUCUUCCCUUACAAAUUAACUGGAAUGUUUUAUGUUUAUUUUAUUGUGUUCAGAAGCAUCAAAUUAAUAAAAGUUUUAAAGUCUUCCUUGAGGAUGGUAUUUCUAGAAAUAUCAGUGUAUAAAUCUAGUGUGCUAUCAAUACCACAUUAUAUAUACUUGACCUUUAUAGCUUUGAAUUCUAACAUCUUGUUAAUUUUUGGUAUGUUUUCCAUCUCCACCUCCAUGACCUUCAGAAUUUUCUGAAAAAUCGAAUGAGGAAAAAAACAGGAGGCAGAAUGAAUUCGGUUUCUUUGAGACUCAUGUCCUGAUUGCCGGGAGUCCUGGACGUACACUGUUUGGGUUAGGGUUUUCCAAUGGUCAAAUAACAUAGUAAUGAAAAAAAAUACAUAUUUAGAGUUUGGAGAUUGUCUGUUAUUACACUGCUAUGAGUAUCCUAUAGAUUAAGAUUUAGGGACAGGAAAAGGCAAUCAUUUAUAUUCUUUAACCUGGAAUGUUUUCUCCCCAGUAAAUCUGAUGCUCAGUUUUUUUUAAGUUUUUUUUAAUGUUUAUUUACUUUUGAAAGAAAGACAGAGCAUGAGCAGGAGAGGGACAGAGAGAGAGGGAGACAGAAUCUGAAGCAGGUUCCAGGCUCUGAGCUGUCAGCACAGAGCCCGACACGGGGCUCGAACUCACAAGCUGCGAGAUCAUGACCUGAGUCGAAGUCGGAUGCUCAACCUGCUGAGCCACCCAGGUGUCCCAAUGCUCAAUUUUAAUAGCCAAUUUAUCUUGAGUUCCUGUUACCCUAUAUCUCUUCUCUUUCAAAUCAUUUUAUGGGAGUUCUUUUAGAUUUUCUUCAUUUUAUUUCCAUAUUCUGUUUUAUUUUUCUUUUUAACUGUGGAACACCUCAAAAUCUUUUUUUUUAACUGAAGUAUAACACACAACGUUACAUUAGUUUCAGGUGUACAACAUUGUGAUUCAACAACUAUGUUAUGCUAUGCUCACCAUAAGCUAUUACAGUAUCGUUGAUUAUAUCCCUUAUAUUGUGCCUUUUAUUCCUGUGACUUAUUCAUUCCAUAGCUGGAAGCCUGUAUCUCCCAUUCAUUCCCCUUCACCCAUUUUGCCCAGUCCCACAUCCUCUUCUCCUCUGACAACCAUCCGUUUUUCCUCCAUAUUUAAGGGUCUGUCUCUGCUUUUUAUUUGUUUAUUCAUCUUUUUUAGAUUUCACAUGAGUGAAAUGACAUGGUAUUUGUCUUUCUCUGACUUAUUCACUUAGCAUAAUAUCUUCUAGAUCUAUCCAUGUUGCUGCAAAUGGCAAGAUUUCAUUCUUUUUUUUUAAUACUUAUUGAUUUGGGGGAGCAUGCAAGCAGGUGUAGGCAGAGAGAGGGGGUUGGAGGAUCUGAAGCAGGCUCUGCACUGACAAGCUGACAGCAGAGAGGCUGACAGAGGGCUCAAAUAAACCAUGAGAUCAUGACCUGAGCUGAAGUUGGAUGCUCAACUGACUGAGCCACCCAGGUGCCCCCUCAUUCUUUUUUUAUAGUUGAGUAAUAUUCCAUUUUGUGUGUAUAGCACAUCUUUAUCCAUUCAUCUAUCAGUGGCCACUUAAGUUACUUCCAUAUCUUAGCUAUUGUAAAUAAUACUGCAAUAAACAUAUACUGCAAUAAACCUAUCUUUUAGAAAUAGUGUUUUCUUUUCUUUUCUUUUCUUUUAUAAAUAGCCAUUAAAGGAAUUGCUGGAUCAUAUGGUGUUUCUGUUUUUGUUUGAGGAAACUCCAUACUGUUUUCCACAGUGGCUGCACCAGUUUACCUUCUCACCAACAGUGCACAAGGAUUCCUUUUUCCCCCACAUCUCAAAAUCUUUUUUUUUUUUAAUUUUUUUUUUUUACAUUUAUAUAUUUUUGAGAAACAGAGUGAGACAAAGCUUGAGCUGGGGAAAGGCAGAGAGAGAAGGAGACACAGAAUCUGAAGCAGGCUCCAGGCUCUGAGCAAGCGGUCAGCACAGAGCCUGAUUCGGGGCUUGAACCCACGAACUGUGAGAUCAUUACCUGAGCCAAAAUCGGAUGCUCAACCGACUGAGCCACCCAGGUGCCCCUCAAAAUCUUCUUAAAGUGGGUAUAAAAUAAAUAAUAAUGUUACUUUCUACUUAAGGAAGAUGAUUAAUCUUCUUUUAAGUUUUAUUUUUAUUUAUUUUGAGAGAGAGUGUGGGAGGAGAGGCAGAGAAGGAGCGAGAGAAUCCCAAGCAGGCUCUGUACUCUCAGUGUGGAACCUAACUUGUGAGAUCAAGAGACCUGAGCCAAAAAUCAAGAGUUGGACACUUAACCAACUGAGCCACCCAGGUGCCCUGGAAGAUGAUUAAUCUUGUGUUUUAGCAUUUGGGUGGAAAAGUAAGCUCUAAACUGACAUUUAAAACAAAAAUGCAAAUUCAGAUUUUAAAACAAAAAUAUUUAAUAAUUAAAACUGAAAAAGUGCUCUACAUUUUUCCUAAGCAUGUCCCUAAAAUUGAAGAUAAAUGAUUUACAUUAAAUCUCUCCUCGGGGUGCCUGGGUGGCUCAGUCAGUUAAGCAUCCGACUUUGGCUCAGGUCAUGAUCUCAUGGUUCCUGAGUUCGAGCCCCGCGUGGGGCUCUGUGCUGUCAGCUCAGAGCCUGGGGCCUGCUUCAGCUUCUGUGGUUCCCUCUGUCUCUGCUCCUCCCCUACUCAUGUUCUGUCUCUCAAAAAUAAAUAAACUUAAAAAAAAAUUUAAUAAAAAUUUAAAAAAACCCUCAUGCACUGUACUCUUUUCUGUUUGUUUUUGUUUUAUGAUCUUUUGAUAUCAGAUGCUGCAAAAACAUCUGGGGAAAUGACCUGGGGAAAGCCUGGUCAUUAUGCAGAUCUCUGGGACAAUACAAGAAAGGUGUUAAUGGCAUAAUUUUCUUAGAAACUGAUUCUGAGCUCACAGGUAAAACAAUGUGGCCACACAGAAUUGUCCAGUUGCUUCAACCUUACAUAGAUUAAUGAACAAAUCCUGUGAUGUCCAGGACAAAAGAUCCUUCAUUAGAAUUAUCUGGAUCUGGGGCACCUGGAUGGCUCAGUCAGUUAGGCAUCUGACUUCAGCUCAGGUCAUGAUCUUGUGGUUCAGGAGUUUGAGCCCCACGUCGAGCUCUGUGCUGACAGCUCAGAGCCUGGAGCCUGCUUCGGAUUCUGUGUCUUUGUCUCUCACUGCCCAUCCCCUGGUUGCACUCUGUUUCUCAAAAAUAAACAUCCAAAAAAAAAAAAAAAAAAAAAAGAUCUGGAUCUUAACUUACCUUGAUCAAAAUUACCGCCUAGUUUGCAGAGGAAGAAAUUCAUUGGGAUUUGAGGAGGAUAAUUUAGAAUUCAGUGCCUCUCCAAUCAAAAAAAUAAUAACCCCUUGCUGACUUUAUUUCAGAGUAUAAAAACCUUGAUAGCAUCCCUCCCCCACCAAGUCUAGAGCAGGAAACAAGGACUCUCCAUCUCACAGCCACAGAAUCACCAAGAUGAAGGGACCCUGGAAAUGACCCACUACACUAACCAGGAUUCUGACUGUAUAUAACAAAACCACUGGAGCAAUCUUAAGCAGAAAGUAGGACUUGAUUACAGAACUCAGAGCAGAAUGCCAGUACCCAAGGCUCCCUGUGUACAUAGACUGUAAGGCAGGGCCUGGGACUGGUCCCUGGAAGCUUAUAGUUCACCCUUCUGCUCAUUUCUGCCCCUGUCCACACGCUUGCCUUAUUGUCCCUCUCUUUACAAACACCAUCAUUCUCUUUGUGUUGUCACUCCACUUUUCAGUUCUGAAGGCAGAAGAGAGUCGGGCCUGACAGUAUGCUUAACCUAGAGCCCAGGGCUGAGUCAUAGCCUGGGUCUCCUAACUUCUAUCCGUACCGUACCUUUCCUUUACAGGGAAGAACUAUGAAAAUUCAAACAUUAAAAUGUUUGUGAGUUUUAGCAUCUGAUAAUACAUACAUAUAUAUAUAUACACAUAUGUAUGUAUGUAUUUUAGGAAAGCUAUUGAAGAUAAUUAACUGAUUUUGUGGGUAAAAUAUUGACAGUUUUACUCAAUGCAUUGUGUCGCUCCAUUCCUUAUUUGCCUGUGUGGUGGGCCCACUUUGAUCUCCACUGUAUGAGUAUCCAAAAAAGAAUCCAGUGUUAAGGUCUUUUUAGUCAGGAAUCUUAGAAAUCAGGGCUUCUUUUGCCUCAUCUCAGAGUAGAAGUUUGCUUUCAAGAGGCCCAGGCACCAAAUCAGGAGCUCUGUGCAGUUUUCACUCAAAUGGAACAGAAUCUCUGGUGUCUUGCAGAAGAAUCUUCACAAACACUACUUAUACAUGAGUCUACCUAGGUCACCCUCAAAAAUGCACCAGAUUUGUUCCCUGUUUAUGAAAAGCUUAGCCACAGAUUUAGAUGCGAGGGAAGUACCAACAUUGGGGUGGAGACAGCAGAAGAACUAUGGAAUUAAGACAGUAAUUCUAGGGGUGCCUGGGUGGCUCAGUCAGUGAAGUGUCCCACUCUUUUUUUUUUAAGUUUAUUUCUUUUUAGAGAGCAUGAGCAGGGGAGGGGCAGAGAGAGUGAGAGAGAGUCCCAAGCAAGGAUUAUGACCAAGAGCCAAACCAAGUGUUGGACGCUUAACCUACAGAGCCACCAAGGCGCCCGGUUAGUGUCCCACUCUUGAUAUUGGCUCAGGUCAUGAUCUCACAGUCAUGGGAUCCAGCCCCAUGUCAGGCUCUGUGCUGGGUGCGGAGCCUGCAUGAGAUUCUCUCUCUCCUUCUCCCCCUCCCCCUCCCCCACUUGUGUGCAUGCACACACUUUCUCUCUCUAAAAAACAAAAACAAAAAAAACAGUAAUUCUUUAUCAUAAUUUAUAGCUACAGAAUUUCUUGCAUAAUAUUCCCAAUAGGACAAAGACUAGAAUACCUGCAAAGUAAAAUAAAACAAAACACAGGUUUGAUCAGGUUUACAAGAAACAAGAUUUAACCUGCCAGGAGACAGAAUCUCCUGCUCUCAGAAGGUCUCAAAGAGGAAAUGAACAUUUAAGCUUCUACUACGUGUUUUAGGUAUUUUAUUUAGUCAUAGAAACAAUGGCUGGUAUGAUAGUGAAAUUAUCACACACUGAUAACUGAACCUUUGAAGUGUGAGACUUUUUUUAUGACUUAAUACACUGUCAGUUUUUAUAAAUGACCCCAUCUAUGUUUAAGUACAUGUUGGUUAGAACAAGCUUGCUAAGCAUGUGGCUCAAGUCUUCCACAGCCUAAUAUCUAGUCCGCUUGAUACAUCAGUUACUUGGAAGAAUGUUUUAAAUCCCUUUUGACGAAGGUGGAUUUGUCAAUAGCUUUUAAUUGUUACAGUAAAUUCUGCUUAUAUAUUCUGACACUUUAUUAAGUGUAAACAAAAUUUAUUUGUAUAUUUUGUGAAUUAUGAAUUGAAUGCUAUAUCUCUAUGUAUUGUUUUCUGCUUGUUAUAUUCACACAGCUACACCAUCUCUUUUCAGUUACUUGCCUGAAAAAAUCUUUCUGUUCAUUUACUCCCAAACUUUUGACAUCAUUAUGUUCUAGCUUUGCCACUUGUAAAUGGCAUAUAAGGGGAUUUUGUGUUUGUAUGGAGUCCAGCAAAUAUUGUCUUUUAGCUGGAAAAUGUAUUUUUUAACUCUUAUUGUAAUUAUAUAUUUGCAAUUGUUUUUAAUAUCUUAUUUAUCUUAUUUUGUACUUUCUAUUUGGAUUUUUCUGUUUUUUUUCUAUCUUUUCAUGUAAUUAAGGAUUUUUCUCUUACUCUGUUUUUUAAUCUUAUUAGAAAGCUGUACACUCUGUUUUUUCAGUGGCUACCUAUAAGUGACAGCAUCAUACUCAAUAAAGUCUAAACAACUUUAA